UCUGGUUUUCUUUUUCUUUUCUCUUGAUGGCGGAUGAAAUAUGGCAUGAUUUGCAGCAUAUGGUUCUAGGGCGUGAUGACCCUGAACUCCUUGUUCCACACCAAGUGUAUACUAGUGUUGUUGCUAGCAACAGACUCAGUCUUAUUGGGAGACCUCUCAACACUCAUGCACAAAACCUCAGAAGGAUCCUUAGUGCUUUACCUCGCAGUUGGGGCAGGGGCAUGGCUGCAAGAGUUCAUGGACGUAUACUUGAUGGUCAGUGUGUGCAGUUUCGUUUUCGCUCUGAGUCUGACUUAGUCUCAGUGAUAAGGAGAGCUCCAUGGUUGUAUAAUCACUGGUUUGUAGCUUUACAAAGGUGGGUGGACUUUCCAGGGCCUGAUUUCCUCACUUUUAUAGACUUAUGGGUACAGGUAAGGGGAAUCCCUCCCCCUUAUGUGUCUGAGUUGUCGGUUCGCUUCAUUGCUCAUACUCUUGGACCAGUUAUUGAAGUAGACUUUAAUGAGAUCACAUCUACUCAGAUAGCUUUUAUCAGAGUUAAGGUGCGCAUCAGUAUUACAGAUCGUCUGAGGUUCUUCAGGAGAGUCAGGUUUGAAUCCAGAGAAGAAGCCAUGAUUGGUUUUGAAUAUGAAAGACUUCAAAGGAUAUGUACAAAUUGUUGUCGUAUCAACCAUGAUGUUGCUCACUGUCCUUACUUGGUUCCUCAGGCUGCUCCAAAUAAUGAAGAAAAUGAAGAUAACAAUGAUGCAGAUGUUCUAGUGGUCCCUGUUUGGAAUGAGGGAGCUGGAUCUAACAAUCCUACUCCUCCUCCUCCUCUUGAAAAUCAGUCUUCAAGCUCAAGCUCGGAAAUCUCCUCUUACAGUCCUAUCUCUCAACCACCAAAUCCUGCUUCUCCACUUUUGGACCUGAAUCAGAUGGUGGAGGAACAUCGACCCAUCAGAUUUGAUACUUCAAGUUCUUCUUCUAGUCGUGGAGUUCAUACCAAAGCUAGAUAUGAAAUUGGUGAAAGUUCCAAAAGGAAAAAAGACAAACAAGUGGAUCUCAAUUUUGAAAGAAACACUCGGAGAUGCAGACAAGAUCAUGGAAUCAGGUUUUAUCCGGUUUCUGGUCAGCCACCAUAGAUCUUCUCUGUCCUUGGUAAUAAGAGUAUAACGUGCCCUUAUACUCUGUAAACUCAACCUUUUGAGGGCAUGAAGUGCUUUGUUUAACAAAAAUAAGGAAGCACUUUGGUUUUAGUCAACUUUGGAUGUUGGUUAACUUUGUGGAGGCUAGGCCUCUUUUAAUAGUUUACUCAGUCUAAGUAGAUACAAUGGGGAGCCAGAAGCUGUCAUAACACAUGCAUAAGAUGGAAGCUUUGAAAUCAGGAAUGAAGACUGCAGUCUUUUUCCUCUGGUUUUAUUGGGAUUGUUAUGAUGUAUAGCUUUUUAACAAAUGCUGCCUUAGUUGUGAUGUUUACUUAGUUGUUAACUUUGUUUAUAUAUCUUUUAGCUCCUUUGUUUGUAAAAUCUCUAGGUUGUAAAUUAUACUGCCUCUCCAAAAUGGAUUCCCAUUGAUGGAUGCAGCCUCUGUUUAAUA